AUGGGAGAGGAACCUUUCGCUCGACCCGCCGCCGGCGUCUCCUUUGGGCGAGCCAUGCGCAACACGCAUUUUCUCAUCGAACCGGCCUACGUCAACCUGAACCACGGCUCCUUCGGAAGCACAGUCCGCCCAGUGCGCGAUGCCAUGCGCGCCUACCAAGAUGCCUCGGAGCAGGCGCCCGACCGGUACAUCCGGUACGAGUACCCGCGCCUCCUCGACGCCUCGCGGCACGCCGCCGCGGCCCACCUGCGCGUGGACCCGGACGAGCUGGUGCUCGUCGCCAACGCCACGACGGCCGUCAACGCCGUGCUCCGCAACCUGGCCCCGCGGUGGGUCGCAGGGGAUGUCGUUCUGUUCCUCGACACCGUGUAUGGGGCCACACGGAAGACCAUCGACUGGGUGGUCGACACGUCGCCGGCCGAGAGCGUGUGUGUUGACUUCUCGCUGCCGUCGGACUCGCACGCGGAUAUUCUGGACGCUUUCAGGGCGGCCUUUGCGCAGUGUGCGCGGCAGGGCAAGAGGGUACGCGUGGCGGUCCUGGAGACGAUCCCGAGCUUGCCGGGCGUGAGGCUUCCCUUUGAGGAAAUGAACCGCAUUGCACAGGCUGAGGGCGCCUUGACCCUGGUGGAUGGUGCUCACGCCAUAGGGCAUUUCCCAUUCGACCUCAGCAGCCUCAGUCCAGACUUUUUCACGUCUAACUGCCACAAAUGGCUCUACACCCCACGAGGCUGCGCAAUUCUCUACGUCCCGCUCCGCAACCAGCACCUCAUGCGCUCCUCCCUGCCCACGUCGCACUGGUAUGAGCCCCUUUCCCACCCGCAAGGAGCAGGGCCGACGCCCAACCCCCUCCCACCAUCUACCAAGAGCAACUUCGUCCAGCAGUUUGAGUUCGUGGGCACCGUUGACAACGCCUCGCUGCUGUGCGUCCCCGCCGCAUUGCAAUUCCGCCGUGACGUGUGCGGCGGCGAAGACGCCAUCAUGCGCUACUGCUGGGAUCUCGCAGCACGAGGUGGCGCCCUGGCGGCGAGCAUCCUGGGGACAGAGGUGAUGGACGACGCAGGCGGCGGGCUGCGCCACCAGUGCGCCAUGGUCAUGGUCCGCAUGCCUCUGGAAAUGAAAAAGAACAAUGCGGUAGAUGGAGAGGGCAAUGCCGCACCGCGGAUCCAGAGCUGGAUGAGCGAGGAGAUGGUAAGCAAACAUGGCACGUUCAUCGCCAUAGUCUUCUACCAAGGCCAGUGGUGGGCACGCUUCUCGGCGCAGAUCUACCUUGAACUGAGUGAUUUCGAGUGGGGAGCUGGUGUUCUGAAGCAGCUGUGUGCAGAAGCGGCUGUGGCAUUUCCAGAACUAGUUAUGUAG